GCAGAGGACCCAAUGACAAGAGACAAUCUCACAAUUGUGGUAGAAUUCAUUCUCCUGGGAUUUUCUGACCUUCCCAACCUCCAAGGAUUUCUCUUUGCAGUUUUCUUUAUUAUCUAUAUAAGUGUACUGAUAGGAAAUGGCCUCCUCAUUAUCAUAACCAAGAUUGACCCAAGCCUCCAAACACCAAUGUAUUUUUUCCUUGGGAACUUUUCCUUCUUGGAAAUCUGUUACACAUCAGUCACUCUGCCCAGAAUGCUGGCAGAUCUCUUGACCCAGAAGAGAACUAUUUCAUUCCUACAAUGUGCUGUACAAACUUGUUCCCUUUAUGUUUUAGGAGUGGCAGAAUGCUUGCUCCUGGCUGUGAUGGCAUAUGAUCGUUACGUAGCCAUCUGUAAGCCUCUCUACUAUCCUCUGAUCAUGAAUCGCAGGAUUUGCAUCCAACUGGUUGUGGUGUCCUGGAUCAUUGGAGUCCCGGUACUGGUAGAAGAGACAUAUCAGAUUUUCUGUCUCAAUUUUUGUGGUCCUAAUAAACUUAAUCACAUUUUCUGUGAUGCUGCACUAUUGCUGGAAUUGGCCUGUGGGGACACAUAUAAAAGAGAGGUCUCUGUCCAUGUUGCUGCAUUGGCAUUUGUCCUAAUUCCAUUUCUGUUGAUCCUCACAUCCUAUGUCAAAAUCAUCAUUACCAUCCUAAGACUUCCUUCAAACUCAGGGAGAUCCAAAGCCUUUUCCACCUGUUCUUCCCACCUCAUUGUUGUGGGCUUAUUUUAUGGAUCUGGUAGUAUUGUGUAUUUGAGGCCAAAAUCCCAUCACUCUACAGGAUCAGUCAAAGUGCUUGCUCUCUUCUAUACUACUGUGACCCCAGCAUUUAACCCCUUGAUAUAUAGUCUCAGAAAUAAGGAUGUCAUUGCUGCUUUGAGAAAACUGUUUCCUAAGUGA